UAUAGUCUGAGGUAUAGUCGUUGAAACUAUGCCUGACCUGCCUAUGUAUGAUUAUCUUUUUGAGCUUGAACGGGAAUCAAAUAUAUCGAAGAGGCGAACUAGUAUAUCUUAAAACUGGAUAAUAGCCACUCUACGCCAAUGUAUGCCGUGCCACUUCCAACCCGAAGAGUUGCAUUAAACCCUCUCUGAAUUGUAUGACGUCCUACCGUUGCUUCGGAACUCUUCUAGUGUUUGGUCUAGGGGAGGUAUCGUACCAUGAGAAACUGCGCCGAGUGUGAAAUUACAAAAGAAAACACCGUCGGCAUUACGAUUUGAUUCAUUGAAUUAUCAUGACCCCAAACCAGCUAUUUGAGAUGGUACAUCUAAGAGGCAAUAUUAGCAAUGAAUAUCGGUCUAAAGUGGAGUCAACUUAGAGAUUGGAGAGCCCCGACUUGGUCCGGUCCGAUCAGGCCGAUGAUACCAUACUACUGCUAUGUGCCGGUCAUUAAUUCAACCGCGUCACACAUAUACAUAUAUCGAUUCUAGAGCCACAGCACGGCCGGUCAGUAUUUCGAUGCAGAGUUGCUUAAUAAAAGUGAAUACAGCGGUCCUUCUUUAGGGGUCAGCACUUCAUUAUUCAUCAUCCGACGGCAUCUUUUCUUACUGCAAGAGGCAUUCCAAGAAGAUAAUACUGUAAUAUAUAGUCAAGAUGGCUAGGGCUGCUAUCGGGCAAAUAUGCUCGUCCAACUCAAUGGCGUCUAACCUGGCCCAAUGCGUGAAGCUCGUGGGCCAGGCUGCAAGCGCUGGCGCGAAGAUUCUCUUCCUACCAGAAGCAUCAGACUACAUCGGGACAUCGUCCCAGGAAUCCCUCUCGCUGGCCCGUCCCGUCGCCAGCUCGCCCUUCGUAACAGGGCUUCAAGCAGCUGCAGCGCAGCACUCCAUCGCCGUGCACGUCGGCAUUCACGUGCCAGUAACAGUGAAACCAUCAACGACGUCCACCACCAACCCCUUCAACACAUCACCACCAACACAGCAAUCCGAAGAGAAGACAACAGACACAACAACAAAGCUCUACAACCGCACAAUCUACAUCACGCCCAACGGGACCAUCCACCCGGCAGGGUCCUACGACAAGCUCCACCUCUUCGACUACGCGACCCUGCGCGAAUCAGCCAGCACGCAGGCCGGCGCAGAUCUCAUCGCGCCGAUCCCGUCGCCCAUCGGCCGUCUGGGCAGUCUGAUCUGCUUCGACCUGCGCUUCCCGGAGCCAGCGCUGCACCUCACGCAAUCCCACAAAGGCAAAGGCGCGGGCGACGGUGAUGGUCCAGCCCAGAUCCUCCUCUACCCCUCGGCCUUCACGGUCCCGACGGGCCGCGCGCACUGGGAAGUCCUGCUGCGCGCGCGCGCGAUCGAGACCCAGAGCUACGUCAUAGCCGCGGCGCAGGUCGGCGCGCACAACGUCGAUGCCUCCUCCUCCUCCUCCUCCUCCUCAUCCCUCGAGGGCGGCAAGAAGAAGCCCCGCGUCUCAUACGGCCACAGCACCGUAGUCGAUCCGUGGGGUCGCGUGGUUCUAGAAAUGAAGGGAGUCCGUCCAGACUGGGAUGGCGAAGAUAGCGCGGAUGCUGUCGAGGAUGGCGCCAUCGGCGAGCUGGGUGUCGUCGACAUUGAUCUAGAGGAAUGGGGGCGUGUCAGGGACAAGAUGCCGCUAAUCCGGAGAACGUAAGUACCCGUUUGAACUUGCCUUUCACACCUUUCUUUACCAAAAAAAAAACAGUAAAAUCACCGAUGAAUAGGUACUGAUUG